UAAACCCAACUGCCGAAUGUAAACAGCCCAACCGUGUAACAGUGUUACUCGCAUCAUUUAGGGGACGGCAAAGCCCCAUUUACGCCAUAUGGCAAUUUAUGAAUGCGGGGGCUUCGGCCAUCAACAUAUCAGUAGGCUAGAGUGAGACCUAAUGAUAGAAUGGUAGCACUCUUCUUUUCGAGCGUUGGAGAAUAGUAAAAGAAAUCGACAACCUGUGGCCAUGCAUAACCUCCUCCUCCUCCUCCCCACCUUCCUCGGCCUGCUCGCAGCUCGCGCAUCCGCAGAAUGUACCCGCGAGACCCUCAAGGCCAUAACCGACCAAGUCCUCGCCGCCCAAACCGCAGGCCAGACAAACUUCACCUCCCUCUCCAGCACAGUGACCUACACGGAGAACCGCAAAAAAGUCGACAUCAAGUCCGGCGUCCUCUCCAAAGCCCUGAAAGUCGACCACGCCCGUGCACAGCACGACGUGCCCCAAUGCGCCGCUUUUACAGAGUUCAUCGUGACCAAUUCAGCCGCGCCGUACGUCAUCGCAUCGCAGCUGCGCGUGGACAAUGCCACGAACAAAGUAGCGCAGUUUGAUAGCAUCGUUACGACUAAGGGGGAUUGGCUGUUCAAUAUAACGGGUACGUAUCACUGGGCCUCGCAGGAGAAAUGGGACGCCAUCCCCGCGGAUAAACGCGACACGCGCGCCGCUAUCAAAGCAGCAGGAGACGCCUACUGCGAUCUUUUCAAUGACAAGAGCGUCAAAGUGCCGUGGGGCCAGCCGUGCGCUCGUCUUGAAGGCGGAGCGUAUACGGGCAAGGGACAGGCGAGUGAUCGGUGUGAUGUUGGUGUGCCGAGUGGGGUUAAGCUGGUUAAUAGGCAGUAUGUGAUCGAUGAGGAGUACGGGACCGUGGAUAUUCAGAUGGAUUUUGGGGGCACGCCUGGGGGCUCGGGGGGUAUGCCGGAUAGUCAUGAGUUCAGGCUUGAGGGCGGGAAGUUGAGGUAUGUUCAUACGCUUUCGAGCUGUGGUGGGCGGGCGUGUAGGACGUGAGGACAUGGGAUACGAGUCUCGAGCUGGAAGUAGGGAUGCGAGGAAAUUUCAUCCCCUUAUUAUGAGCGUGGAGGGUUGUAGAGAACA